AUGAGGUUCGCGUAUAAGUUCUCUAACUUGCUUGGCACAGUUUAUCAUAAGGGAGAUAUAAUAUUUUCUCCGGAUGGAUCAACUGUUAUCUGCCCUGUGGGAAAUCGAAUAACUAUAUAUGAUCUAAAGAAUAAUAAAUCAAGUACAUUACCUGUGGAGAGUAGAUACAAUUAUACAUCUAUCGAUCUAUCCCCUAAUGGAGCUUUGUUAAUUGCAGUCAAUGAAGAGGGUGAUGCUCAUGUUAUCAGCAUGGUCAGUAAAAUGAUAAUACAUACAUAUAAAUUCAAAAGACGUAUUAGAUGUGUAAAGUUUUCUCCAGAUGGUAAACACUUUGCAGUGUGCAAAGAAAACAAUGUGUUCAUUUUUAAUGCACCUGGUUUACAAACUGGAGAAUAUAAUCCAUUUGUUAUGGAACGUAUAUUUCAUGGUGCUAUGGAUGAAACGACGUUUAUUAAUUGGUCUUAUGAUUCAAAAAUAAUUGCUGUUGGCUCUAAAGAUAAUGCUACCAAAAUAUACAGCUUACAGAAAUAUGCAAAUUUUAGGUAUAUUAAUCUAGGUAGUCAUUCUGAUGCUAUCGUAGCAUGUUUCUUUGAGAAAAAGAAUUACGAUUUAACUACAAUUAGCAGAAACGGACAACUCUGUAUUUGGGAAUGUACAAUUGAUGCUAAUGAUUUAGUACCAUGGGAACCUUCUCUUAAAAAGAAGAAGAAACAAAAAGAUAGUGACACAGAAGAUGAUGUCGAUCUGGAGAAAGCUAUAGAGAAAACGGAUAAGCAGGCUAAAGCUUACGAGCGCAACAUGCAACAAUCACGAGAUCUCCCCGACACAGAUGCGGACGACGACACCGAAGUGAAUUCUAAAAUCAAGAAGUUUCGUUAUGCGAAAUUAUGUCGCCAUUAUUUAAAUAAUAACGUUGAAAAGAAACAAAACGAACAAAUCAGACUCACUGCAGCUGCAUAUCACCAGGGGACCUGUAUUUUAGUAGUAGGAUUUAGUAAUGGUUCAUUUUAUUUAUAUGAAAUGCCUGAUGUCAAUAUGAUUCAUUCUCUUAGUAUAUCAAAUCAGUACAUUUCAUCGAUUGCGAUCAAUUCAACUGGAGAUUGGAUAGCCCUAGGAUGUUCUACGGCUGGACAGUUAUUAGUAUGGGAGUGGCAGAGUGAAACUUAUGCAAUGAAACAACAGGGUCAUAGUAAUAACAUGAACAGUCUGGCAUACAGCCCAGACGGUCAGUAUAUUGUUACCGGUGGUGAUGAUGGAAAAGUGAAAUUAUGGAAUACGAUCAACGGAUUUUGUUCCGUUACAUUUCACGAACACACGAGCACGGUAAGAAGUGUCUUGUUCAGUCAUAAUAGGAAAUUUAUCGUUUCUGCCUCGCUCGAUGGAACGGUCAGAGCUUAUGAUUUAGCAAGGUACAGGAAUUUUCGAACUCUUACUUCACCACGGCCGGUGCAGUUUUCCUGCGUGGCGUUAGACUCAAGCGACGAGUUUCUUGCAGCGGGGGGCCAAGAUUUCUUCGAGAUUUAUCUGUGGAGCGUUAAACUGGGCACCCUUUUAGAGAUAAUGAGUGGACACGAAGGUCCAGUAGUCGGUUUAGCAUUUAAUCCAAAUCCUGCUAGCACAGAAAUGGUAUCCGUAUCAUGGGAUAAAACGUUGAAAAUAUGGAAUGCAAUUGAAAGCGGUUCCAGCCAUGAAACGUUGCAGUUAACCGCGGAUGGCUUGUAUGUUACUUAUAAACCGAACGGCGAAGACGUAGCAGUUGCUACCCUGGAUGGGCAGAUUUCAUUUUUUAAUUGUAAAACGGCGGUACAAAUCGGGAGCAUCGAAGGAAGGAACGAUUUGGGUAGUGGAAGAUCUGAGACUGAUUUGAUAACGGCGAAGAAGAGUCUGCAGGGCAAAGCUUUUACCACUUUAUGUUAUUCAGCUGAUGGAACAUCUAUACUAGCUGGUGGAAUGUCCAAAAAUAUAUGUAUUUAUAACGUUCAAGAAUGUUUGCUCAUUAAAAAAUUUGUUGUGACUCAAAACAGGUCGUUAGAUGCAGUUGAUGACAUUAUAAGCAGGCGGAAUUUAUCGGAAUUCGGAAAUUUAGCGUUAGUAGAAGAACGCGAAGAAAAUGAAGGGGGAAACGUGAUGUUGCGAUUGCCAGGUGUUAGAAGUGGUGAUAUGGCAAGUAGACGUAUGAAACCGGAAGUGAGGGUGUACAGUCUGCAGUUCUCCCCAACAGGACAAGCAUGGGCUGCAGCUACCACCGAAGGUCUACUAAUAUACGCCUUGGAUGUUGGCAUGGUAUUUGAUCCAUUUGAAUUGGAAAUAGGGAUUACACCAGAAACAGUUAAAACGACUUUAAACGAAACAGAGUACACCAAAGCAUUGCUGAUGUCUUUGAAAUUGAAUGAAAAGCUGCUAAUAAAACGCGUCAUAGAAAAUAUUCCGUGUGCAAACAUCGAUUUAAUUGUCUCGAGUUUACCUGACAUCUAUGUGGAAAAGGUAUUGCAAUUCAUCGCAUCGGAAUUAGAAUUAACCAGGCACAUACAUUUUUAUCUCCUUUGGAUAGAAUCUAUAUUGACUACGCAUGGACCGAAAAUAAAUUCUGCGUUGCAAAUGCCGAUAUUACUAAUGCUACAGAAAAAUAUGCAAAAGAAAUACGACGACUUGAGUAAAAUAUGCGAUUUUAAUCAGUACACGAUGAGUUACUUCAAGAAGGUGGGAGAAUACAAAGCUCGAACAUCUGAUUCUAAUAAGGAAGAAGCAGAAACGGUAGAGGAGGAAUCUGAUCAAUCAUCUUUAGCCGACGAAAUGGAAAUUGACUAA